AUGUCGAAAGUGAUCCAGAAGAAGAACCACUGGACUAGCAGGGUUCACGAAUGCACCGUGAAGCGGGGACCCCAGGGAGAGCUGGGGGUGACGGUGCUGGGGGGCGCGGAGAAUGGAGAGUUUCCCUAUGUCGGAGCGGUGACGGCGACCGAGGCGUCGGGGCUUCCCGGCGGCGGCGAGGGCCCUCGGCUGGGCGAGGGUGAGUUGCUUCUGGAGGUGCAGGGGAUCCGGGUGUCCGGCUUGCCCCGCUAUGACGUACUGGGAGUCAUCGACAGCUGCAAGGAGGCCGUCACCUUCAAAGCCGUCAGACAAGGAGGAAAGCUGAACAAAGACCUGCGACAUUUUCUCAAUCAGAGAUUCCAGAAGGGGUCGCCUGAUCAUGAGCUCCAGCAGACCAUAAGAGAUAACCUUUACCGCCAUGCUGUGCCUUGCACAACCCGGUCUCCCAGAGAAGGAGAGGUGCCUGGCGUGGACUAUAACUUUCUGACUGUGAAGGAGUUCUUGGACCUCGAGCAGAGCGGGACUCUUCUAGAAGUCGGCACCUAUGAAGGAAACUAUUAUGGGACACCCAAACCUCCUAGCCAGCCAGUCAGUGGGAAAGUGAUCACGACGGAUGCCUUGCAAAGCCUUCACUCUGGCUCCAAGCAGUCAACCCCAAAGCGAACCAAGUCCUACAAUGAUAUGCAAAAUGCUGGCAUAGUCCACGCGGAGAAUGAGGAAGAGGAUGAUGUUCCUGAAAUGAACAGUAGCUUUACAGCCGAUUCUGGUGACCAAGAAGAGCACAGUCUCCAAGAAGCAACGCUCCCACCUGUGAAUAGUAGCAUCAUCGCUGCUCCCAUCACGGACCCUUCUCAGAAGUUCCCUCAAUACCUACCUCUUUCUGCAGAGGAUAAUUUAGGUCCUCUACCUGAAAACUGGGAGAUGGCCUAUACCGAAAAUGGAGAAGUCUAUUUUAUAGACCACAACACAAAAACAACAUCUUGGUUAGACCCUCGGUGCCUGAACAAGCAGCAGAAGCCUCUGGAAGAGUGUGAAGAUGAUGAAGGGAUCCAUACGGAGGAGCUGGACAGUGAACUAGAACUGCCUGCUGGUUGGGAAAAGAUUGAAGACCCUGUCUAUGGUAUCUACUAUGUAGACCACAUCAACAGGAAGACACAGUAUGAGAACCCGGUUCUAGAAGCCAAACGGAAGAAGCAGUUGGAGCAGCAGCAGCAGCAGCAGCAGCAGCCAGAAGAAUGGACAGAAGAUCAUUCAUCGCUUGUGCCUCCUGCUAUUCCAAACCACCCCCCGAGUAAUCCGGAGCCAGCCAGAGAAGCUCCACUUCAGGGCAAACCCUUUUUUACACGAAACCCUUCAGAGUUGAAAGGCAAAUUCAUUCACACGAAGCUGCGGAAAAGCAGUCGUGGCUUUGGUUUCACAGUCGUUGGAGGGGAUGAACCUGACGAGUUUCUGCAAAUCAAGAGCUUGGUCCUAGAUGGUCCUGCCGCCCUGGAUGGCAAGAUGGAAACAGGAGACGUGAUUGUGAGCGUGAAUGACACCUGUGUUUUGGGACACACUCAUGCACAAGUUGUGAAAAUCUUCCAGUCCAUUCCCAUUGGUGCCAGCGUGGACCUUGAACUCUGCCGAGGUUAUCCAUUGCCUUUUGACCCAGAUGACCCCAACACAAGUUUAGUGACUUCGGUGGCCAUUUUGGAUAAAGAACCAAUUAUUGUGAAUGGUCAAGAGACCUAUGACUCGCCAGCUAGUCACAGUAGUAAAACAGGCAAAGUCAGCAGUAUGAAGGACGCCAGGCCAAGCAGCCCUGCGGAUGUGGCUUCAAAUGGUUCCCAUGGUUACCCCAAUGACACUGUCUCUUUGGCUUCCUCCAUAGCCACUCAGCCAGAACUCAUAACUGUUCAUAUAGUCAAAGGGCCAAUGGGUUUUGGUUUUACUAUCGCGGACAGUCCUGGGGGUGGCGGCCAAAGAGUGAAACAGAUUGUUGACAGUCCAAGGUGCCGAGGCCUGAAAGAAGGGGAUCUUAUAGUGGAAGUUAAUAAGAAGAAUGUGCAGGCCCUAACUCACAACCAAGUCGUGGACAUGCUCAUCGAAUGUCCAAAGGGAAGUGAGGUCACAUUAUUGGUGCAACGAGGAGGACUGCCAGUUCCCAAGAAGAGCCCAAAGUCGCAACCACUGGAAAGAAAAGACAGCCAGAAUAGUUCCCAGCAUAGUGUCGCCAGCCACCGAAGCCUGCACACUGCCUCCCCCAGCCACAGCACCCAGGUGCUGCCCGAGUUCCCACCCGCCGAGGCCCCGGCUCCAGAUCAGACCGACAAUUCUGGGCAGAAAAAACCAGAUCCUUUUAAAAUCUGGGCCCAGUCCAGGAGCAUGUAUGAAAAUCGACCUAUGUCACCUUCGCCUGCAUCGGGAUUGAGCAAGGGUGAAAGAGAGAGAGAAAUCAAUUCCACGAAUUUUGGAGAAUGUCAGAUUCCGGAUUAUCAAGAACAGGACAUCUUCCUCUGGAGAAAAGAGACGGGAUUUGGAUUUAGGAUUCUCGGUGGCAAUGAACCAGGGGAACCUAUUUAUAUCGGUCACAUCGUACCACUGGGUGCUGCUGAUACGGACGGCCGUCUGAGGUCUGGGGAUGAAUUAAUCUGUGUGGAUGGGACACCAGUCAUUGGAAAAUCACACCAGCUUGUGGUCCAGCUUAUGCAACAAGCCGCCAAGCAAGGCCACGUCAAUCUGACAGUGCGGCGUAAAGUGGUGUUUGCUGCCCCCAAAACCGAGAACGAGGUGCCCUCGCCAGCCUCAUCCCAUCACAGUAGCAACCAGCCGGCCUCGCUGACGGAGGAGAAGCGGACCCCGCAGGGCAGCCAGAACUCGCUGAACACGGUGAGCUCGGGCAGUGGCAGCACCAGUGGCAUCGGCAGUGGCGGCGGCGGCGGCAGCGGCGUGGUUAGCACCGUGGCCCAGCCCUAUGACGUGGAGAUCCGGCGCGGCGAGAACGAGGGCUUCGGCUUUGUCAUCGUGUCGUCGGUGAGCAGGCCCGAGGCCGGCACGACGUUCGCAGGCAAUGCAUGUGUGGCCAUGCCUCACAAAAUAGGUCGGAUUAUUGAGGGGAGCCCUGCUGACCGAUGCGGCAAGCUGAAAGUAGGAGACCGGAUCUUGGCAGUAAAUGGAUGUUCCAUCACCAACAAAUCCCACUCUGACAUUGUCAACCUCAUCAAGGAAGCGGGCAACACAGUCACCCUCCGCAUCAUCCCUGGGGAUGAGUCUUCGAAUGCCACUCUGCUGACCAAUGCAGAGAAGAUAGCCACCAUCACCACUACACACACCCCUUCGCAGCAAGGAGCCCAGGAGACCAGGAACACCACCAAACCAAAGCCAGAAUCUCAGUUUGAAUUCAAAGCACCCCAGGCAACACAGGAGCAAGAUUUUUACACUGUGGAGCUGGAAAGAGGAGCCAAGGGAUUUGGUUUCAGUCUUCGAGGCGGUCGAGAGUAUAACAUGGACCUCUACGUUCUGCGCUUAGCAGAGGAUGGUCCUGCGGAAAGGUGUGGGAAGAUGAAGGUUGGUGAUGAGAUUUUAGAGAUCAAUGGUGAGACCACCAAAAACAUGAAGCAUUCUCGGGCUAUAGAACUGAUUAAGAAUGGUGGCCGCAGAGUGCGUCUGUUUCUGAAGCGGGGAGACGGCUCGGUCCCAGAAUAUGACCCCAGCAGCGACGGGAACGGCCCCCCCACCGGUCCACAAGGUGUUCCGGAAAUGAGGGCUGGGCCCCCUGACCACCGACAGCAUCCAUCAUUGGAGUCCAGUUACCCACCCGAUCUUCACAAAUCAUCACCACAUGGGGAAAAGCGGGCACACGUGAGAGAUCCCAAAGGCAGCAGAGAGUAUAGCAGACAACCCAAUGAACACCACACAUGGAAUGGAACUUCUAGAAAACCCGACAGUGGGGCUUGCCGACCCAAGGACCGGGCACCCGAGGGACGAAGAGACGCCCAACCCGAGCGGAUGGUGACCAAUGGCCCCAAGAGGAGGUCUCCGGAGAAGCGGAGGGAAGGCACGCGCAGCGCGGACAACACUUUGGAGAGAAGGGAGAAGCAGGAGAAGAGGAAGGAGGUUUCCCCGGAGAGGAGGCGAGAGCGGUCCCCGACCCGCCGGAGGGACGGCUCUCCAGGCCGGCGGCGGCGGUCUCUGGAGAGACUCUUGGAUCAGAGAAGAUCGCCCGAGCGCAAGAGAGGAAGCUCGCCCGAAAGGAGAGCCAAAUCCACCGACCGGAGGCGAACCAAGUCCCCUGAGCGGAGGAGAGAGCGGUCCCUGGAGAAAAGAAACAAAGAGGACAGAGGCAGCCACCGGGAGAGGGAAGAGACGAGUCUAAGACAGGACGCCGGCCGGAGUUCCAGACAUCCCCCGGAGCAGCGGAGAAGACCUUACAAAGAAUGUAGCACCGACCUCAGUAUCUGA